AUGCUCUUUUUAACCAGGAACAUUGCAUCAAUGCGUAAUGAUUUAAUCUCUCCCGUAAUUAGUCGUAAUGCUUGGUUGUGUGCCUUCUCGAGUGAAGUAAUUAGUCGUAAUGCUUGGUUGUGUGCCUUCUCGAGGCGUUUGAGGAAACUAUUUGGCUUCUUUGUUAAAAAGAGUAUUGUUGUUCUCAGCGAACUAGAUCAGCUUUCUCUUAACAAUUAUUUUCAUAAGUUUAGCCAGCAAGCUUGUGAGGGAGAUGUGCCUAUAAUCGGCAACCUUCCAUUGGUUAGGUACGAGAAUGGUCUCCCAGAUUUCGUUGAAAAGCAUCAGCAUGGUUUCCUUGGCUUUGGUCCCAUUCAAAUUAGAAAUCCCGGAUGA